UUUAGUUAGUACACUUUGUUGGUGGUCCUUUGUAAUUUUUUAUGGCCUACAGGGCGUCGGUGAAUGUCCUCCUUUUUACGUAUAUUUUAUUUGUUUAAUUGCAUAAGAAAUGUGUCUCAAAAUUGAAUCUACAAUGUUUUUUUGUUGAUGAAAGGUGUUGCAAUCGGGAUUUGGUCAAUACAGGUUAGAAACUGAUCACCGUUCCGAGGAUAUUGAACUGAUUUCUAAGAAUGGCUGCCGAUCAUUUUUGCCUGCGAUGGAACAAUUAUCAAAGCAACAUGGUUUCAGAAUUGGAUAUUUUGAGAAGCGAAGAACACCUUGUGGAUGUAACACUGUCUUGCGAUGGACAGAAAUUUCGAGCUCACAAAGUGAUAUUGUCAGCAUGUAGCGCUUACUUUCGCAAUGUCUUUAAGGAAAAUCCAUGUGAACAUCCAGUGGUGAUUCUGAAAGACGUCAGUUGUGAAGAUGUGGAAGCACUUCUAAGUUUUGUCUAUCAAGGCGUAGUUUAUGUGUCAGAAAAGAAACUUUCUUCUUUUCUUCAGACUGCCGAGCUUCUACAAAUCAAAGGCCUGACUGGAGCAGCGAAUACACUUAAGGAUGAAAACUUAAGCGAAAAAGCAACUGUGCCAAACAAACCAAUAGUGCCACCGAGGAAAGUACUUCCCGCAGUGUCGCCACCUACUACUCCAGUGGCUAAACGGAGAAAGGGGGCUCCAGUGAGGAUAUGCAAAACUAACGAGGAUCCAGACGACUCGGACAACAAUCAGAGAGAAGAAGAGGACCACGAUCUGGCAAACCUUGUGAAACAGGAGAAGCCAGAUGAUGCCGACAACAGAAAUGCUCUGUCGGAGGGCCAGGGAGAAGAAGACGCGUCUAUGGAGGGAGAAGUGGAGGGAGAUUGUGAUGAAAGUAACGCAGGAGGUGACAACGGAGAAGAUGGAGAAAUUAGAAGAGAAGACAGUACAUUGCUGGAGCGAUCUCUAGUGUCUGUCAACAUGUCUCACUCUUUAGAUACUCAAGGCGGUUUUCCACCAUUCUCCCUACCUGGUUCAGGUUCUACUCUUCCUGCCAAUCUCAACUUACCCGAACAAAUAACUGCAACUGGUAACUCUACGAGUGGAGGUAACCAGAUGACAGCCCAGCCUUGUCCUCUUUGUCCGAAGAUCAUCAGCAACAAGUCUAACCUGCUGAAACACAUGAGAAUCAGACACACAGAAGAGUACAACCCAGCCUACUGCCUCAUCUGCAACAAGCUGUUCAAGAACAAGUACAGUCUGCGAGCGCACAUCAACAUCUACCACAAGUUCAUGUUGAACUCGUCAGCGAGUCAGCAGCCUCAACAACUGCCUCAGAUGUCUCAGAUGACUCAACCCCAGCCGUUCUGACACGUCUAGUUGAGUUGGAAGCUGACAUCUUUUAACCCUGAACUCUCCCGUUCACAUUGGCCUUGUGCCUGUGUGCGGAACGUUUUUUUUUUCAUGAAAGAGGUAAGCUAGAACAGAAUUAACUAUACUUAUCAAUUUUUAGUGGACUCGAGCAUUAAUUUCACCUACCUUAGUUUCACAUUCUGUCACCCGAAUACAUCACCAGAUUUCACAUUGGUUAUCCUCAACCAAUGGUAGUGUCCAACAUAAAAAUAUUUAAACUCUCGGUAGCCAGCAGCACUACCCCAAAAAAAUUAUUAGAGUUUGGGAAGUAGCCGUGAUGAGAGCCUAGCUCAUGUUAAUGAUUCUGUGCUAAAAUGGUGUAUAUACCUGCUUUAAGGCAAUCCUUUCAAUUGCUUACAGAAAAUAUAUUUUAUUUAAAAUAUUGUACAUUUUUUUACAUUCAAUGUUUAUAUUUCUCUUCCAAAGAGUGAAUCAAACAAUCAAGUGAUAUUGGAACUGAAAAAGAUACAAAAUAUUUUCAUUGUCAUACACUUUUUAAUAUCACAAAAACUUGUUUUAAUUUUUGUACUAAAUUUGAAUUUUUACAAGUGAUGGAUAGUUAUUUAUCCUUGAAAAUUAUAAUUUUUAAAUGCUGAUUCAAUUAAAUUACAUUUGAAUAUUUGCAUGGGUCUCUUUACAUAUAAAUGAAGUACCUUGAGACAUUGGACUAAGUACGAAUAAAAUGAGUGACCUGAUAAAAGGCAGGACCUAAAGUCUUAAACUCAGCUAUAUGAAGGGAGAUUUUAAAUAUUUUUGGAUUCAAUCAAGUUUUUAUAGUAACUUUUUUCUUUACAAUAUUUGACAAUUUUAAGAUUUACAAACGUUGCAGCUGGAAUGUGUGUUGAUAAUUAUUUUUAACAAAUAUUUUUUUUACUUUUCAUUUUCUACUUCUAUUCAUUUUGUACCAAUAUAUUUUAUUUUUUUAUUAAUUUAUAAGUUCUUGUGGUUCUUAAAAAAAAUUCCUGAUGAUUUUUUUUAUUAUUCUUUGGUUGUUGUGAAGAAACCUCUUUAAAAUUAUAGUGUUUAUGAUAAAACCCUGAUUUUGUUUCCAAAUAAUGGGUUAGUUUUUCAUUAUUUUCAAAAAAUUAACAUUAUGUUUAUGUUGGUUUGUAAGUUAAGUGUACAGUAGAACCUCUUUAAUCCGAACCCCCGUAAUUCGAACGUCCACUAAUCCGAACCCCUCAUUGCUGUACUCUAUACACAGUACAGCAGUUCUUUAUUGUAUACUGUAUAACCACCUAUCAAUUUUAAUGUAUGGUACUGGUUAUUCACCAUGUUUACUACUGUAUUAAAUAAUAAACACUGUAUUUUAAUUUAUAAAACAUUUUUUUCACUUUUCACAAAAAAAUUUUGAUUAGUUUUAGCCAUUUUUUUAGCAAUUGUUAUGUAAAAACAACAAUAUGUUCUGUAAUCCGAACUAUUCACUAGUCCAAACUACCCCUGGUCUCAAUUAGUUCGGAUUAAAGAGAUUCUACUGUAUGUCUAAAAUAUCAUGUUAAACGAUAUAACUUAAUUAUUUAUACCAUAAAAUAUAUCUUCUAUUUUUAGAAACUUCUUUAUGUGCCUUCCAUUAAAAAGCAACAAUUGUGAUCAAUUUUGUAUACAUAAAAAUAAUGGCAAUAUUUUUGUACUUAAAUCAAAUUAUUUUUACACUUGAAGCUUCUAGUUAAAUAUAACUUUGUAUUCAUUAAUGUAAUGAAGUUAUCGAUAUUAUGACCACAAAUUCACAAAUUAAGCUAAGUUAGGAGUAGCUACAAAUCACAAUCAGUGUAAAGCUUUUAUAUUUAUACUACACAACAAUUAAUUAAUUCUUAAUAUAACAGAUCUUUUUACUUCUCAUAUAAUUAUCACUUUAUACAGUUUUGAUGUAAAUACGCACCAUAUGUACACAAGCAUGUUGUUUUGCAUGUAUUCGGCAGGCCAGUUCUCAAUCGAGUAUCUCAUUAUUUUGGGUUACCAUGUCCUGAUUUUUUUUAUGACCAUAUUAACUUAUUCUCACAUAACAUCACAGAUUUAUUUUUAUAGUCAUAUUCAACCAUUGACAAUUUAAUUAGUCUUUGAUGUGUUGAAAAAGACAAAAAUCUUGUAACCAUCACAUUAAGUAUAGAUGUAAAUAGAAUAUAUUUUAGAUUAUGACCUUUUUAGGUGCAUCAGUAAAAAAUGUGUCAAAUAUCCUUAUUUCUUCCGAUAUUGUUGUGCCAAGACAUGUAUACCCUGUCCGUUAACUAGUAGGCCCUAGAGGAUUAGUAAGAAAUAACUUUAACAAGUUCAUGUACUAUGUUACAUAAAUAUGUUGAACAGCUCAGAUAGGUGAUUGAUUGGUUCAGUCGGUAGCGCCACAAAUUUUGGGUUUAAUGAAGCGAUGUCCUGGGUUAGGAUCCUAGUACCUGCCGUUACAUUUUAUCAGUACACUCCAAUCUAGCUAUGUACGAGCUCACCCUUUGCUUUGUUGGAUACAUUUGCACAGGCCUCUGUGGUCCAUGUAGAUGGGCAAUUAAAAAGUAAAAGAGACUAUCAACCUUUGUUUGAAAAAAUAUAAAAAUUGGCGGGCUUGCUGAGUGGUUAUAGUGCUCGCCUGGAAAUCAAAACCCCACUUGUUCAAACCUGGAAACAUUUAUUAGCAUUUUGUCAGAUAAAACGGGAUUUUUCUUUACAUUAAAGGAUAAAACGGGAUUUCCUCUACCCGGUGAUUUUUGUUUUGGUUGUGUGGAAAUAGGGGUCAAACUUUUUGAGCUAAGCAGUCUGUGAGUAUGUAUGUGUUUAGUCACUAAUCCUUUUGCGACUGCAAGUGAACGGACAGAUUAUAACUGUUUUGAACAAAUAUUAAAGGAUAGUUUAACCCAAGCUUCAAUCUUAGCCAAUAGGCUAAGAUCAGUAAGAUAGUUAUUGACAAGUUCAGGGACAAUCAUCAUGUAUUUCAUUAUGUAGUAGUUACAUAGUGUACAUGGUAUAGUUGUGUAAAGCCAAAGAUAUAGUUUUUAUACAUUAAAAAGUAAUGUAAGAAUUUUAGCUAGGUUUUAGACUUAGUUUUAUAUUGUAAUAUUUUAUAUAUCAAAUGUAUUGUGGAUAAUUUUUACUGUUGGUUUUCAAGAGUUACUUUGCAAAAGAGAUGUUAGGUGCUGUGUCAACUGAACAAUAAUAUUUAUAUAAAUGUACAAAACUGCAACUAGCACAUAUACCUUUAGCUUCUGGUUUGCAAUUUUUAUUUUCUCUUAUGGAGAAGUGAUUGACUAGAUCAAACGAAGGCAUCCAGAGUAAAUUUGAAACCCAAUUGAAUGGUUCAGUCAAUUUUUAUAAAACAUUUUUUGCAAAAUUCCCUAGUCUUCACACAAUAGUGACAAUUUUUGACAGAUAAAUCGGCUUUAAGUAUGUUCUUUUUAUAAUUUAGUAACAAAAACACAGGCAUAUUAGUGUAAACAUAAUGCUCUUAGCUUGGCAAUUAACAAAUAUGAGUCGUGGUUAUGUUUUGUGUUUGAUUACAUUAACUAUUUGAUGCUCUUAGAACUGUGGCCAAACAUUUUUGCAUAAAUAUUAUCAAAAGUAAUGAUAGUAGUGACGAAUGAAGUUUAAGAGUGUAGGCCUAUCCUAAAAAAAGACAAAUUCACCAUAUUGAGAAUGUUGACAGCAAUGUAGCUUUAAUGGCUGAGAUUUAAAAUAUUUUAUAUUGUUUUAAACUUUUUAUAACUGUUUUUUAGCAGUGUUAAUUAAUUGUUUAAGGUUUAAUUUCGACUCAUUGUAGAUCUCAUUUCGUUUUGUAGAAAAACAAAAUCAGUUAAGCUUUAAAACCAAAAGAUUAGUAGUUAACAUUUAGACAAAGUAUUUUUAAUCCAAAGCAUCUAGUGUGUAUAUAAACUGUAUAGUUUUCAUUACUCUUGUACGUGUGGAGUUUAGUUAUACAUUUUUGUAGAACAGUUUUUCUAGAUUAGAAUCAUAUAAUCCAUGGCAUAUUGGAUUGUUUAUUUUCUAUAGUACUCGUAUUGCCUGUCAUGUUUUAUUUUUGUGACGUAUUAAAGAAUCCUCAUUUUAUUAUUGA